AUGUGGUGGCCCGGUACCCUCGUUCAAAUCUCCCUCUUUAGGACGUUACAUGAGAAUGAAACAAAGGAAGAUAGGGCACAAUACAGAGUCUCAAGGGCCGAGUUCUUUGUCAUCGCAAUGGUGUGUAGCUUCUUGUGGUACUUGGUUCCAGGGUUCCUAUUCCAAUCCCUGGCGAGCAUCUCAUGGGUUUGCUGGGCCUUCCCUAACUCCAUCACGGCCCAACAGAUCGGAUCAGGCCUUAAUGGGCUCGGUGUUGGAGCCCUCACUUUGGACUGGUCAACGGUGGUUUCCUUCUUAUUCAGUCCAUUGAUAUACCCCUUCUUUGCCAUAGUGAACAUCUUUGUUGGCUUUGCAUUGAUCAUGUAUGUUGUCGUACCGAUCUCCUAUUGGGGGCUAAACAUGUACAACGCUAAGACAUUCCCAAUAUUUUCGUCAGAUUUGUUCACCGCGCAAGGCCAAGAGUAUAACACCACGCUGAUCGUUAGUAAGAAUUUUGAGUUAAACACAACGGAGUAUGCGCAGUUAGGGAGGAUUCAUAUGAGUAUGUUCUUUGCACUCUCGUAUGGCUUUGGAUUCGCAACUAUUGCUUCGACCCUCAGUCACGUGGCCUUGUUCUACGGAAGAGAGAUAUAUGAUCGUUAUCGAGCAUCUUCGAAAGGAAAAGACGAUAUUCAUACAAAACUAAUGAGGAACUACAAAGACAUUCCGCAAUGGUGGUUUUAUGUAUUACUCGCAGUGACAAUCAUUAUCUCUUUGAUACUCUGUACCGUCCUUAAAAAGGAUGUCCAAUUGCCAUGGUGGGGUGUGCUCUUUGCGGCAGCUCUUGCCUUCAUUUUCACCCUUCCAAUCAGCAUUAUAACGGCCACCACAAAUCAGACUCCGGGCCUCAAUAUCAUCACGGAGUACUUGAUGGGAGUGAUAUAUCCCGGACAUCCGAUUGCUAAUGUCUGCUUCAAGACCUAUGGUUACAUGAGCAUGGCUCAGGCAAUAUCCUUCCUUAGUGACUUCAAGUUGGGCCACUACAUGAAAAUCCCUCCAAGGUCAAUGUUUUUGGUUCAGUUCAUCGGAACAAUUAUUGCUGGUUCGAUUAACCUUGGCGUGGCGUGGUGGCUCUUGGACUCCAUCCCCAACAUUUGCCACAAGAAUGUCCUCCCGCUUAACAGCCCUUGGACAUGCCCCACCGACCGUGUCUUCUUCGACGCAUCUGUGAUCUGGGGAUUAGUUGGCCCGAGGAGGAUCUUUGGCUCCGAAGGAGUCUAUGGAGCCCUUAAUUGGUUCUUCCUUGGUGGCCUGCUGGGUCCGGUUGUGGUGUGGUUACUGCACAAGUCGUACCCCAAGCAGUCAUGGAUUCCCCUCAUCAACCUCCCUGUCCUUCUCGGCGCCACCGCUGCAAUGCCUCCUGCAACGGCUCUGAACUACAGCUCAUGGAUCGUCGUGGGGACAAUCUUCAACUUCUUCGUUUUCAGGUACCGAAAGAGGUGGUGGCAGAGGUACAAUUACAUCCUCUCGGCUGCCCUAGAUGCUGGUGUUGCGUUCAUGGCUGUUGUCAUUUACUUUGCCUUUGAAAUAGAGGAUCGGAACCUGCACUGGUGGGGCUCCAACCCGAAUGUCGAUCCUGAGCACUGCAGGCUGGCGACCUGCCCGACAGCAAAGGGUAUUUCUGUAGAUGGUUGCUUGGUCUUUUGA